AUGUCCAAAGCCUAUCCUCCAUCCUCCACUACGACACGCACUACCACCACCAGCACCGCCGCGAGCACGCCCAAUCACGACGCCUCGCUCAGCGCCAUCCUAGCGUCGCACCUGCACCACGACCAUCCACAGUACAUGGAUGGUAGACAGUCGGACUACACGCACCCAGGUUUGACCACUCCGUCCGCGCAGCUCAACGGCUAUCAGCAGUCUGAAGGCUCCCCCGCAGGUCAGACAUCUGCUGUGCAAUACCACCAACAAGGUCCACUAGACCACAAGCCGCCCACCUAUUCCGCGUCGGCCACUCCCAGCUCCGACUACGGCUCGCGCUCCAGCUCCUACCCCGAAUACGCCCAGCGCGGAUACGCCGACGGACAGUCGAAUCGCUAUCCCGCCCCCGCGACGCCAGGACACGCUGCUGCCAUGGCGCAAACAUCAAGUCCGUCUCAAUCUCUCUCCGAAGCUCACAGGUUGCAUGGUCGUAACCCCAGCAACAUGACGUCUGACGGAGAAGUGCCCAUAGAUCCAUCCAUCGCGCAAUCGAGCCCCUCCUACCCUCCCCCUCACAACUACUCCCCCUACCCGCCGCAACACGACAUGCCGCAGUACGCGGGCCAGCCAAUGGCGUACGGCCGCCCCGACUGGGCCGGGCAAUACCAGCAGCCCAUGUACGGCCACUCGCCCGUGACGUCUGGAGCAGGCGCGCCAAACAUGGUCGCGCACACUCUCCCUCGACCCCCAGCGGGCGGUCAUCCCCUCUCUACGGUGUAUUCCUUCGUUCCGAUCCCUGGUGCGCAGCAGCACAAACGACCGCGACGACGUUAUGAAGAGAUUGAAAGAAUGUACAAGUGCGGGUGGAAUGGGUGCGAAAAGGCAUACGGCACGCUGAAUCAUUUGAACGCGCACGUGACGAUGCAGUCGCAUGGGACCAAGAGGACGCCUGAAGAAUUCAAAGAAAUCAGGAAGGAGUGGAAAGCCAAGAAGAAGGAAGAGGAUAAUCAGCGCAAGCAGGAAGAGGAACGGCAACGACAAGACGCCGCUCGCAAUGGCCAGGAUUCGCAGCCACCGCCCGGCCAGUACGGACAGCCGGGGAUGAUGCCGCAUCAGAUGGGCGGUCCCCAGCUCCCUCCGAUCGGCUACCAACCAGCUGCCCAAGGCCAGUAUACGCAGCCGCAGCAGAUCGACGGCGCCCCGCAGUACGCCAACGGCCAGAUGUACGCCCAGGGGUAUCCGCAGAGCCCAUACGGACACGGACAGGGUGGCUUGCCGUAUCAGCAGCAUCAAGCGCCGCCUCAGCAGUACCAUCAACAGUAA